AUGGCGAGACACCAGGGACUGUCUGUCCUGUCACUACUUGCGCUCUUUUCCACAUUCGCGUCUGCAGAUCUAGACUGCACUCAUAUCAAAGUUGACGGGGUAUCGUGGGAUCUCAGCAAGCUUGGGGGUGCUCACGCGCUCUCAGAAAUCACCGGAGACUUCAAUACAACAUACACCCUCGAUAUAUGUAAACCGUUAACCAAGUCUAUGUGUAAAAAGGGAGCUUAUGGCAACUUUGUUCUCGACAGCGGCAAAACGCUCGAUCCUAUAUUUACACGGCUUAAGAAAGACAACCCAGAGAAAGAAGGCCUACGGAUGGAGCUACAUGGUGGUAAACACCCUUUCAAGAAGGAAGGAAAGAACCAGAAGGCAGUUUUCAACUUUCUGUGCGAUCCGGAGCGAACUGGGCUAGAAGGGUUGACGGAUGCCAAACCGGAGAGUGGUAAUAAGGACGAGGACAAGAAGGGUGAUGACAAGAAAGGUGACGAUAAAAAGGGCGACGAUAAGAAGGGCGAUGAUAAAAAGGAGGGCAAAGAGGAGGGCAAGUCCCGGAAACGGGAGGAAGACAGCUCAAAGAGCCUACAGUUGAAGGGCUACAACCAGGAGGAGGGUGUUUUGAACCUUGAGUGGAGGACAAAGUAUGCUUGUGAAGAUGUGGAGGGCGGCGGUGGUAAUAAAUCAUCGGGUCACUGGGGAUUCUUCACCUGGAUGAUCGUUCUACUCUUCCUAUGCACAUCGGCUUACCUCAUAUUUGGAUCCUGGCUCAAUUACAGCCGGUACGGAGCUCGCGGGUGGGAUCUACUCCCUCACAGCGACACCAUCCGUGAUGUCCCAUAUAUCCUAAAGGACUGGGCUCGGCGGGUGUUAAACACUCUCCAAGGAGGCGGUACCCGAGGAGGUUACAGUGCAGUGUGA